AUGUCAAAAGAAAUAUCCAAUAAUCAGAAAAACUACUUAUUUGAAGCAUUAAAGAACAAUAUUCGAUUAUCAAAUCGUAAAUUUGAUGAACUUCGAUCAAUAGAUAUCAAAUUAUCCGAUAGUAAAUAUGGAUAUGUUGAAUUAACAUGGGGAUCAACUAAAUUAAUUGUUAAUAUAUCAGCUAGAAUAAUAGAACCUUAUAAAGAUCGUCCAUUUGAAGGUAUUUUCACUAUAAAUUGUGAAUUACCAAAUAAUCUUAAAUCAGAAGAAAUUAUUGAUGAAAAUUUACUUAGUAGAACAUUAGAAAAAUCAAUAAGAAGAUCAAAUUCAUUAGAUUUAGAAAAUUUAUGUAUUAUUGCUGGUGAAAAAGUUUGGGAAAUUAUAAUUGAUUUAAAUUAUUUAAAUUAUGAUGGAAAUUUAAUUGAUAGUGGAUGUUUAGCAAUUAUGAUUGGUUUAUUAGAUUUUAAAAAAAAUGAUAUUUCAGUAACUUCAAAUGGUGGUAUUAAAAUUUUUGAUUUAGAUGAAAGACAACCUAUUGAAUUAUCAAUUUUACAUAUACCUAUUUGUUUAACUUUUCUGUUUUUUAAUUUAGGUUCUAAAGAAAUGAAUUUAAAAUCUGAUGAAAUUAAUGAAAUUUAUCUUUUAGAUGCUGAUUCACUUGAAGAAUAUUGUCGUGAUGGAUUUUUAACAAUUACUUUAAAUCAAAAUAGAGAUUUGAUUCAAUUAAAUAAAAAUGGUGGAUUACCUAUAGAUGCUCAACAAUUACUUCAAUUAUGUCAUAAUUCCAUGGAAAUUAUUGAUAAAUUGACAAAUUUGAUCAAAACAACAGUUAAAACUCAUCAAGAGAAGAGAUACAAGUUGCAAAACUUUAAAUUAUUAGAAGCAAGUGCUGAUAGAUAA